GCAGCCGUUUUCCUUGAAUUGUAAACGCCGACGGUUUCAAAGCCGACACGCUGAUUGGCUGAUAUGAAGUUCAUCUGAGCUUGACCCCUAAUCGGGUUAUGUCAGAUCUUCUUACGCAGAGUAUACGGCGCGGAUCUAAGAAGUAUGAUUUUAAAUAGAUUCAUACUGCUUUCCUUGUUCAUGAUAUACCUUCUAAUUUUAUAAAGUACUGACCUUCUCAUAACAUUUUUUACAUACAAUAUUUUCCGUUCUAUUUAAUUUUCUGUUCCAUGUUUUACACCACCCUAUUCUCUAGAUCGACUUUGUUCGCUGGGCUAUGAUCCUGGGUACACAUAAAUGCAAUGUAGAUCUAUAUAUAGCCUAUGAAAAUUUCCAGAAUUUAAAACACGUGUAUUUGUGAAGUUUGACGACUGACUUAAAUUACAAUACCUAUCGAAAACUUUUUUAUGUGAUGCAAGCGGCCUUGUCGGGUCACGGGGUCAAUCGGCAAUAAAUUACUUGAUGUGGGUAGCACGUGACCUGUGUACACAAUGAUCGGGUGUUUACAAACGAGUCCAUGAAAUGACGCGCGUCAGAGUAAACUGUGUUUUUAUGCUUUUUAUAUUGAUUUAGACAUUUUAUAUUUGUGAUUUAUUUGUUACUUGAUUUAUACCUUAAUAGGCUGAUCCCUUGAAACUCGGAGGUGGAUGGCAGAACGAAAAGGGCGGGGUGUCUCAGUGCCCCCCCCCCCCCCCCCUAUUUUUAUCGGACUUUUUUUAUAGAUAAAGGCGCCAGCAACACCGUGAAAACAUAUUUGAAUGAUUACAAAAUUGGGAAGGCAUUCGAAUAUUGUGAAAUGAAUCGAACUUUCUUAAAGAAAUAUUUUACCAUCCAAUUUCCUCAUCAUCUGCAUUAUGCUUCCUGAGAGCCAGGUGUACCCUAGUCAAAGAGCCAUACCCUUUGGGUAGCCAUAUCCAUGAUAUCCAAGGAAUCUGGUUGUGUGAAGGCGGCAUUUUGCUCCUGUACUGCAGGAAUGGGUCAGACAUGCAGUCAUGUAGCAGCCCUAAUGUUUAGGGUAGAGUCAGCAAAUAAACUAGGCCUGACUUCAUGUACAUCUUUACCAUGCCAGUGGAAGGUUCCAUCAGCAACAACAGAAAUUGUGCCUGUCAAAAUAAAGGACUUAAGUGUUCGAAAGUCUCGUCAUGGACUAGAAAAAACAAGACCAUUAGUUUCAAAGCAGAAACACCAGUAUAAACCACAGGAGUCUGUUCACCUGGACAGGGACUCAUUUAUUGAUGAGCUGAGAAAAGUUGUGCCAAAUGCAUGUUUAUUGAAAGGAACGGAUCUACCGGUAUGUGAAGAAGGUCUUCAAGAACUGCCACACGAUGUUGGAGGAGACAAUUCCAUGGAGGCUGUUGAACACUACAUCAUCAGCAACAUGGUUAAAGAUGUCCAUACAUAGGGAAAAGUGCCACAUAUGAUCCUCAUAUGAAGUGAGUUUCAUAUGAGGAUCAUAUGCAAGUCAUAUGUGUAUCAUAUGAAACUCACUUCAUAUGAGGAUCAUAUGUGACAAACAUAUGAUUCUCAUAUGUAGAAAAUCAUAUGAAUUUCAUAUGAAUUGAUUUUCAUAUGAUUAUCACAUGGUAUAAAUUUCAUAUGAAAAUCACAUGAUUUUCUCAUAUAAAAUAAAUUAAUGUGUACCAUAUAUGAAUUUUUAAAAAAUAGUAUGUCUUCUCUGACAGAGCAAAGUAUACCGAUAACUUAAAUUCUCGCAUAUUUGAGGGUUUGAGAAAAAACACUGGUUGAUUGCUCAUUUUAUGAAAAAUGUACAAUAUUGGCUUAAAAUCUUAAUGUUGGGAAGGACACAAGUUUUUGAAUAUCUGCUUUCUAAAUCAAAAGUUAACAAGCAAAAUUUUGUCAAGUUAUUCAAUAUAUUUUAAGAAAUAUGUAAAAUUUUAACCUUAUUUAAUCCAAAAAAGGGAUUGAUCAAAAAUGAGAAUUGCAACAAAUGAUAAUUGUUCUUUAAAAAAAAAAGAAGGUUUUUUCUGAACAAAGACAACAGAAAUCAUUUACUUUUAAAAUUUAAUUUUAGUGAUGAAUCCAUAAAUUAAAACAUGUACAGCAGGAAUCCACGAUACAUUAAAACAUGUACAGCAUAUUCUUUACAUAAUCACACCAUACAGCACAUUUUUUAUGUUGGCAUAAAAAAAAUCUCCCACUGGUCAAUGAACACAAGUGGGGAGUAUAGGUUUAAAUAUUAUUUGCAGCCUUUCAACAGGGGUGGUCACAUCCCAAACAUGAGAGAAAAAUUCUCAAAGGGCUGUAAAACAAAAGCAAACAAACAUGUAUACCUAUUUCAAAAAAUUCUCAGAGCAUCAAGGGGAUUGCUUGUGCAAGUACACUAAAAAUACAUACAAAGAAGAUUUAUAUCAAAAAUGACUUUGCACAAGCUGAUGGUUUAGAAAAAUCAAAACUAGAUGGACAUUUUAGUGAAUAUACAUUGACUAGAAACAAUCUGUGUCCCCUGGAUAACUUGUGUUUAAUAAACUUUGUAUGCUUGAGUUCAGUCUCCUCUUGUUCAAUCCUGGCUGGGGUUUUUCCUUCUUUGAUGCUGCAAUGACACUGGAUACAGUGAUGAACAAGUGGCAUGUAGGAAAGAACAUUUGUAAUAGGAAUAACAUCCAAAUCCUCAGAGAACUCUAUCACAGGACAACCAAGAUGUGUUGGUUGCUGUAUAACCCCCUUUUCAACAAUUGCUAAUGAACUUCUCCUAGCACCCUGAAGAAGGAGUAGACCACCUUUGAAGAUUCCAACUUUAAACUGAAAGUGAAGAAUAUUAAAACAUUUCAUAAUAUCAUAUCAUGAUCAAUGGUAACAUACAAUGUAUCGUUCGUACAGAAUUGCAGUCAUCAAAUUUCAUUACUUUUUCAUGACCUCAACCCAUUUUCAAUGACCUCAAAGACAGACAACAGACUGAUGAAUAAGACACAAAUAUGAGGUCUUUCUUACCACAUGAAAACGACUUAGCAGUUGCACAUAUCAGGAAAUAUAAUUUGAAAAAGUUUCUUCACAUUUUCAUUUGAUUUGUACGAAUUAUACAUCGUUACUGUAUGUAUAGUCCACAAAAUGUGAUUUGAUGAUGUUGUUUCUGAAUAAACUGCACUAUGGGGAUAGAACGUUAACAAUCUAA